AUGGCAAAAGAUGCCGGUCUAAUUGAAGCCAACGGGGAACUCAAGGUCUUCAUAGACCAGAACCUCAGUCCUGGGAAAGGCGUGGUGUCCUUGGUUGCCGUCCACCCCUCCGCAGUGAACUCUCUCGGGAAGCAGCUCCUGCCAAAGACCUUUGGACAGUCCAACGUCAACAUCGCUCAGCAAGUGGUAAUUGGUACGCCUCAGAGACCUGCAGCGCCAAACACUAUCGUGGUAGGAAGCCCACACACCCCUAACACUCACUUUGUCUCCCAGAACCAGCCUUCAGACCCCUCACCUUGGUCUGCCGGGAAGCGCAACCGGAAAGGAGAGAAGAACGGGAAGGGGCUGCGGCACUUCUCCAUGAAGGUGUGUGAGAAGGUGCAGCGCAAGGGGACCACGUCCUACAACGAGGUGGCCGACGAGCUGGUGGCCGAGUUCAGCGCGGCCGACAGCCACAUCCUUCCCAGCGAGUCGGCCUACGACCAGAAGAACAUCCGGAGGCGUGUGUACGACGCGCUGAACGUGCUCAUGGCAAUGAACAUCAUCUCCAAGGAGAAGAAGGAGAUCAAGUGGAUCGGCCUGCCCACGAAUUCUGCCCAGGAGUGCCAGAGCCUGGAGGUGGAGAGACAGAGAAGACUGGAAAGAAUAAAACAGAAACAGUCGCAGCUUCAAGAGCUUAUCCUGCAGCAAAUUGCCUUCAAGAACCUGGUGCAGAGGAACCGCCAGGUGGAGCAGCAGGCCAGCCGGCCGCCUCCGCCCAACUCGGUCAUCCACCUGCCUUUCAUCAUCGUCAACACCAGCAAGAAGACGGUCAUCGACUGCAGCAUCUCCAAUGACAAGUUUGAGUACCUGUUCAAUUUCGACAACACGUUUGAGAUCCACGACGACAUCGAGGUGCUGAAGCGCAUGGGCAUGGCCUGCGGGCUGGAGUCUGGGAGCUGCUCCCCCGAGGACCUGAGGGUGGCCAGGAGCUUGGUGCCGAAAGCACUGGAGCCCUAUGUGACCGAAAUGGCUCAGGGAUCCCUCGGCGGUGUCUUUGUUGCGUCAGCGGUGUCGACCUCUAAUGGCACAAGGCUGUCUGCCAGCGACCUGGCCAACGGCGCGGACGGGGCGCUGGCCACGAGCUCCAGCGGGUCGCAGUAUAGCGGGUCCCGGGUGGAGACGCCGGUGUCGUGCGUCGGUGAGGACGACGAGGACGACGAGGACUUCAACGAGAACGAAGAGGAGGACUGA